AUGGAAAUUAAAAGGAUGUUCAAAAGUGUAAAAAUGUUAUCAGUUUUUAUUAUCUACUUGGAUCAAGUUACAAUGAGUACUUUACAGGAUCAGCGGGAAUACUGUGCGACGUUGCUGAGUCAAUAUGAUCCAGAGCUGCUCGCGUCAUUUAAGUGGGAAAUGUCUCACGGAAUAGAAAGAUUUUUUCUUCUGUCAUACUGCCUAGCGUGUUGCUGGCCUGGACUUGGAGCCAAAAGUGACUUACGAAUUGUUAAACAAUGGGCUGAACUCGACUUCGUGUUCCCCAGUCAGGCGGCCCAAAGAAUAGCUAUUGAAAGGAAUUAUUAUACACGUGGAAGUUCUGUACCUAUUGAUGUAGAUGUGAACCACAGACAAGGUGUACCAUCAAGAAUAUUCGUAACUAUACCUCGGUUUGGCCCGGGACGUCCGGUCACGCUAGGUACUGUAGAACCCGACGGCAGGAUCAAGGGCUACCCAGAUUAUUCAUGGCAUGACAACCAGGGCAACAACUGUGCUGGCUUGACAUCAGUGUUCAGAGUUGCUAUAGAUGAAUGCCAGCGCCUAUGGGUGAUGGAUACUGGUAAGAUUGGAGAUACACAAAAUUGUCCUCCACAAUUACUCGCUUUUGAUCUCACCACAGACAAACUCAUCUACCGACACGUCGUUAAUCAAUCAAGCUAUUCAGAUAUUUCGUUGUUUAUUACACCUGUGUUGGAUAUCCGUUCGCGAGGUGCUGGUGUUGGAUAUCCGUUCGCGAGGUGCUGGUGA